AUGUUGGGACUAGCCAAACGAGUUGGAGCUAGAAUAUUGCUGACAUCAACUUCAGAGGUUUAUGGAGAUCCCCUUCAUCCUCAGGAUGAGACUUAUUGGGGAAAUGUCAAUACAAUUGGAGUUAGGAGUUGUUACGAUGAGGGAAAGCGAGUAGGUGAGACUUUGAUGUUUGAUUACCAUAGGCAGCAUGGAAUAGAAAUAAGGAUUGCUAGGAUAUUCAAUACAUAUGGUCCAAGAAUGAACAUCGAUGAUGGUCGUGUUGUCAGCAAUUUCAUAGCUCAAGCAUGCCGGAAUGAGGCGUUAACUGUUCAAUCACCUGGAACUCAGACUCGAAGUUUCUGUUAUGUCUCUGACAUGGUUCCUGGUCUAAUAAAAAUUAUGGAAGGAAGCCAUACAGGGCCAAUCAACAUUGGAAAUCCAGGCGAAUUCACCAUGAUUGAACUUGCUGAGACUGUCAAAGAGUUGAUCAACCCAAAAGUAGAAAUUAAACAUGUAGACAACACACCGGAUGAUCCUCGCCAAAGAAAGCCGGUGAUCACCAAGGCCAAGGAGUUGUUAGGCUGGGAACCAGCCAUCAAGUUGCGUGAGGGCCUUCCUCUCAUGGAACAGGACUUCAGACAAGACUCCUUGGACUCACCAACAAACCAUAACACCUACCACUUCACUUCUUAA